AUGGCUUUUGUACAAGCACAAAGUGACAAUUUACCAGUAGUAAACAGUUUUAUGUUAAUGGAGUUCAUAAAAUCCAAUGAUUGUUUUAACCAAAACGAAAUAAGAGGAGUAAAGGCAGAAUGGUCAAUGAGAGGGACUUAUAUCGAAAGUGCAGUGGGCUAUGUACAGUUAAAACGUGAAGGAAAUAUAUGCACAGUGACAAGUGAAAUAUGUCCCGAACAUCGCAUAAGAACAAAAAAUUAUAAAAUCAUCAUGAUUGUGGAUGAAGAGCAAGAAGUUGUAGACACAGUUAAGUGCUUCGACUGUAGUGCAGCAGAGGGAGGUUGCAAACAUGCCCUUGCAUUUCUAAUGUGGGUUCACAAAAAAAGUACACAGCCAUCACCAAUAUCCAUAGAAUGCUAUUGGAAAAAACCAAUUUUAUCUGCAGCAAAAUCAACCAUUAUUAAAACAGACAAUUUUGGUGUAACACCUGAUUUUGAUUCCAAGGUUUAUGCUGGCUUCUUAGAUGUUGUUGUUUCUAAAGGGAAAGAGGUACAUUCAAAUAAUCAGUUGGUGAAAUACUACAAAAGCUUCUCUCCUGAUCACGAUAGAACACAUUUGGGGCUACAUAAACUGUUAAGUGAAUUUCAAAAGUGUGGUGGUAAAACAUAUGUACAUUUUUUAAGUUUUGCUGAAAACACGAUGACGAAUGAGCUUUGUUCUACAAUUGUUGACGUCACAAAAGAUCAAAGUGCUAGCCAUGAAUGGCAUGAACUGCGUUAUGGGCGGAUUACAGCUUCAAAAAUUUAUGAUGCCAUUCAUUGCCACAAAGAAGAUGGAAGUUUUAUAAAUAGUAUUCUUGGUGCUCAAAAAUUAACUGAGACAAAAAGUAUAAAGCGGGGCAAAGUUCUUGAAGCAGCUGUCAAAAAAGAAUUGGAAAAAAAGUUGCAGAAAAAAAUUCAAGAUGUUGGUUUAAUUCUCAACGGAAAAUAUCCUGAACUAGGUGCAUCACCAGAUGGUAUUUUAUAGGAUUGCGUGGUGGAAAUAAAAUGUUCAUCAUCUGAGAAAACUUUAAAAAAUUAUAUUUUAAGAAGUGGACAAAUUAGUGCAAGGUGUAAAGCUCAAGUUCAGCUACAAAUGUUUUUCGCAGGCUUGAAAAAAUGUUUAUUUUGUGUUGCUGAUCCCAAUUUUGAGACUACAAAUGUAAUUACUACUGUCAAUGUAGAUUUUGAUCAAAAUUAUUGUUCAGACAUAAUAAAACGAGCAAGAGA